CUUCUUUUUUGUGUCUCCAAUAUUUUUUUUGACAAACAUGAAGAGAUAUCUUUGUUUAUAUUUAUCUGUUAUACUUGUAAUAGCAUUAGCAGUUAGUUUUGCAAUGGCAGAUACAAAUACAUUUUCUUCUUCCUUUUCCUCUGGAAAUGGAGAAGCUUCAGGAUUCUCCUCUUCAACUGAUGGAAAGCAAUCCUCCGCAUCCAACUCCCAAGUCGAUUCUACUGGAAAUGGUUCUGCUGCUUCUGAAGAUUCCAGCUCUACUACUUCUCAAGGCACCUCUAGUUCAUCCAUAUCUUCUUCUGUAGGCUCUGCCGACGCCAAAGGUAUUACAGCAGGUAACAAUGGUAAGAGUUCAACAGCAGCUGGUUCUAGUGCGUCUUCCAGUCAAGAUGGUGUUGCAAUAAGUUCAAGUGGUUCAACCAGUUUUGAUAAGAAUAUUAGUGGAGUGAACUUUCAAGGUCACAAACCACUACUUCAUCUUCCUCUUUUGGAAGUGACAA